AUGGCUGGCACAGACCCUUCCCAUGAGGUGGGAAAGAAGGUGGCACAGCUUGAUUACGUCAGAAGUGUUUUGAAGCCUCUUUGUAGCCAGGUGUCCAAGUCCCACACUGAUAAGUGGGAUUUUCUCAUCUAUAUAAAGCAGCGCUUCUCUGUGAUUCAGGCAGUUACAUCUGAGAAGAUGACAGGAAAAGCCGUGCUUUGCUUUGGUUUGGCCAUUUUGCUGCAACUGCAGCUUGGCUCAGCCUAUAAACUUGUGUGCUAUUACACCAACUGGUCCCAAUACAGGCCAGAGCCAGCCAAAUUCUUUCCAAACAACAUUGAUCCAAACCUCUGCACUCAUUUGAUCUAUGCCUUUGCCACUAUGUCUGGAAAUAAGAUUGCACCUUAUGAAUGGAAUGAUGAAAGCAGGCUAUUCCCGGAGUUUCAAGCACUGAAGAAAAGCAACCCCAAUCUUGUCACUCUGCUAGCAAUUGGAGGCUGGAAUUUUGGCACUCAGAAGUUCACUGAAAUGGUUGCCACAGCUGCCAAUCGUAAAAUCUUCAUUGACUCAGUGAUAAUAUAUCUCUGUAAGUUUGGGUUUGAUGGGAUUGACCUGGACUUUGAAUACCCAGGAUCCAGGGGAAGCCCUCCCGAAGACAAGCAUCGCUUCACCAUCCUAAUUCAGGAAAUGUUGGCUGCUUUUGAGAACGAUAAAUGUGAAGGGAAGAGACUUUUGAUCACAGCAGCAGUGUCUGCAGGAAAAGGAACCAUUGAUGCAGGAUACGAGAUUGCUGAGAUAGGAAAACUUUUAGAUUUCAUCAGUGUGAUGACGUAUGACUUCCAUGGAGGCUGGGAUACCUUCACAGGACACAAUAGCCCCUUGUAUGUGGGAUCAAAAGACCAGGGUGACUUUAGGUAUUUCAACUGUGAUUUUGCUAUGAAAUACUGGAGAGACAACGGUGUCCCAGCUGAGAAGCUUCUCAUGGGGUUCCCCACCUAUGGACGCACUUUCAGGCUUACUACUUCAGACACUAGUGUCGGCGCACCUGCUUCUGGAGCUGGCUCAGCUGGACCUUUCACUCGCGAGGCGGGCUUCUGGGCCUAUUAUGAGAUUUGCACAUAUUUAAAGUCUGCCACAGUAAAAUGGAUAGAUGACCAGAAAGUACCAUAUGCCUACCAGGGGAAUGAAUGGAUUGGAUUUGACAAUAUUUGCAGCUAUAAGCACAAAGUCAAGUACCUGAAGGAAAACAAAUUUGGAGGUGCUAUGGUUUGGGCCAUCGAUCUGGAUGAUUUUCUGGGCACUUUCUGCAAUGAAGGAGUAUAUCCUUUAAUAAGUGAGCUGAAGAGACUUCUUGAAUCAAAUGAACCCAUUGUGCCAGACUGCCCUGAGGACGCUCCCGGGCCCGAAAUUCCAACUCCUCCCCCAGAUACUACUACUACUACUACCACAGUUGUGGAACCACCAGUGCCUGGUGACUUUUGUGCAAACAAGCCAGAUGGUACCUAUGCCGACCCAGAAAACAACACCAAAUUCUAUAUAUGUACUAACAAACAGACUUUCAGUUUCACUUGCGCAGCUGGAUUGAUAUUUGAUGACAGUUGCAAGUGCUGCAACUACCCUUAA